UUCCUUCCUAGUGCGUCUGAACAACCCACCCAGCGCCCCGAUGGCCAGCAACAACACCGCCAGCAUUGCACAAGCCAGGAAGCUGGUGGAGCAGCUGAAGAUGGAGGCCAACAUCGACAGGAUAAAGGUGUCGAAGGCUGCUGCAGACUUGAUGGCCUACUGUGAAGCGCAUGCCAAGGAAGACCCCCUCCUGACCCCCGUUCCGGCCUCAGAGAACCCGUUUAGGGAGAAGAAGUUUUUCUGCGCUAUCCUUUAAAUCUUCAAGUGGAGCCUGAAGAGCCUCAGGGCUCCUGGGACCCUGGAUGUAAAGUUUUUAGCGAAGUGGGCGCCUUUCUGGUCCCCGGCAUUUAAGAAGAGGGAGGAGAACCAUCCUGGAAACUCCAGGCCAUGCAUGUUUAAGAACUGGUCCCCUUUAUGAGAAUGAAAGCUGCUCUGCAUCCUGAGUUAAGAGAUCUGAUAUCUGCAGAACUGCCUGGAGGAGGGAACCUGUGAAGAUAAAAUCGGUGUCCUUUCUUUCCUGCUAUCCCUCCCAAAACCUUAUGUUUCUGCUUCAUAUUUAAAAAAUUAAAAUUAAAGCACACA